CACAGAUCUCAGAAAAUUCUCCAUUCGGGUCACCACCAAAAUAUGUCGAAUCGGGUCAAUCUUCAAAACGGGUCAAGAAUUCGAGACAAACUUAACAGUAGCAAUGUAAGUAUGUGUAGUAUGCACGUUCUUUUUUUAUUUUCUUGAAAUUUUUUAUAUUAUACUACAUAGGUCUUUCCUGGUACUGGUUGUAUGAUUGUGAUUUCAAACAUGUUUAGUGUUGUGGUUCUAAUUAUUAAGUUUCUUCCCAGAGGCUUACCCUCAUAACUUACAGAUGACGUUGGUGAGGACUAUUGUGGAAAGGACGUGAAUCUUGAACCUAUUGUUGAUCAGCAUGAGGACAUUGCUUAUGAAUUCGAAGAAGACAGUGAUUUUUAUUUUUAGACGAUAUAGAUUUUGGGUUAGACUUUAAUGACAUAAUUAAAUUUAACAUUACUUUAACUUUGAAAUUUGAAAUAGAUAGUUGAAUUUUGAAUUUUAAUAUUAUAUUAGUUUAGUUAACUCUUGUUUGCACUUAUGUUAUGUGUAGAUGCUACUUCGGUUCAUUAUUGCCUAGAACUUAAAAAUCAUGUGAACCAUUGAUGUCCGGAAACCCUAGACCAAAUUUGAGAUCGUCACUUUUACCCAUUGCGAAAUAGCAAUGGACCAAUCCCCCUUGGGAUUCACAACUCAAGUUGGUAGACUGUUAGGUCCAAUCAUAAAGAAUCUCUUUGAUUUUCUGUAUUGUUAUAUAUGUAUCUGAAUUUUUAUUUUCCUUUUUCAUUAAAAAUCAGAUUGAAUCAGCUAAUUCGAAUCAAAAUUGGCUGAGGCCUAGGGUUAGGGUAUUAUAAAAACAGAUUCUAAAGUUUUACAAAAGUUUAUCCAGCUCCCUCUUUUUUAUCUUUUAAGGUUUCAAUCAAGGAAUCAGACACCUUGAGUGGAACAUAAGCAUUGCCUUGUAACUUUGGCCCCUUUUGUUUUUUUAGGUAAAGACUCCGUCCCCAUUUAAAUCAACAAGACACUGCUUACUUUGUUUAAGAAGACAAAUCAUAGCCUCGUUAAAGUUAUCAAACAGCUCAUUACAUAUGGGUAUUUUUGUCUUUAGAUGCAAUCUUUUGUUUUUUCUGGAGGGGUGGGACUUGGGACUUGGGACUUUGGGGAGGUGGGGAAUUCGAAUUUCCACAUGUAACUUUCUAGAACAGUAACACGAAGAAUGAAGGACCCGGCUCCCUCUUGCAUUCACUAUAUAAAUAUCAGAUACGUAACCAAAGCAUUAGUAGUGACAGUUGAGGGACAACUCAUACUAUAUUUGCUAAAUCUUCAACUGGUGAACCCUCCUUCCUUGAGGAUACUUGAGGGACAACUAUCUUGCUAAAGUUCCUACUAGUUAACUCUCCAUCCUUGGUGGUAAGAGCAAACUUCCAGGCCUCUCAUUUCUUUCUUCUUCUUUUUUAACGGUUUAGUACCCUUAUCCCAUCCGGAUGGUGUGAGAUGGGGUUAGAGGCUACAGCCAGAUGGAGAAGUUUCAAUUUUUCUUUUUUUUUCUUUUUUAAUGUACGGGGGAAAGAAUACUAUCCGUUUACAUUUUCCACAUCCAAAAGCAUGGGAAUUGGAGGCGGACUGUGAAUGAAUAUAUUAAUCAAAAUCUAAAUCGCCAAAUAUGGAACUACUCUCAGAGUCUUGAGUUUUCUAAUGUGAUUUCAAGCUAUUCAAUGCUCUCACUGCAAUACUCUGAUAGGUAGGCAGUUUAUAUGUAUUACUUCUUCAAGAUUAUAUGUUUUGCUUUCUUUAUAGGUAUGGGAAGUCCAGUGGAACCUAAUCCUAUUUCUCUGGAAAGUGAAGUGUUAAUCAAUGACAUUCCUAUUCUGACAGAAGAAAAUUGUUUGAUUUGGAAAGAGAAGAUGGAAAAAUUCUUGAAGAAGAAAGGAUUUUGGGAUUAUUUGGUUGGAGCAAAACGUGAACCUGAAAAUACUUCCAGCGAUGAAUAUAAGGAUUGGAUGGAGAAAAAGAAAGAAAUUAUGUCAAUAUUCACAGGAAAGUGUGGAGCUAGGACACUAACAUUUAUUGAAGAUCUAGACAUCACACUUAUUUGGAGUCAAUUGGUUACCAUGUUUGAGUUCACUUAUCCACCAAAUACAGGGAAAAUGAAGAGGAGCACAAAUUACACAUGGAGUCUUCCUUUUUACAAAGCUAUUGUCGAUGGUAAUUGGAAGAGUGUGUCUGAUCGGUUCGUCUCAAAAAAUGUGGGAGCUCUUACAGUGAGACUUACAUCAAUAGGAAAUCUUCCUGUUCAUGUGGCAGUUGAGAAAGGGAAGGUUGAAAUUGCAAAGGAAUUGUUAAAAAGGAUGCCUGCGGAUCAUUUAUUGAGACAAGAUAAGUAUGGUAGAACAGUUCUCAAAAUUGCUGCUUCAGGUGGGAACAAAGAGAUGGUGAAGGCCAUUGUAGAAAAGGAUGAGAAACUAGUGAUGAUCAAAGGCAGGGGUUACAUCCCAAUCGUCCACGCUGCAUUUGCUAGCAAAAAAGAUGUGGUGAAUUAUCUUUACCCAAUCACGGUACACCAAGAAGCUAAUCAGAAGGAAGAUGAUGGCACUGACAAAGAACGUGACCAAAAUAGAGCUAUACUUCUUACUGCUCUAAUUUUUGGUGAUUUCUAUGGGCAUGCUCUUGAUCUACUACAGAAAUAUCCACGUUUACUCUUGACCAAUGAAGAUACGAAUUGGACAGCCAUAGAAGCACUCGCGAUGAAGCGCACUGCAUUUAAAAGUUCAUUACCAAUCAAAAGUGUUGGGACCUUUGGAUAUUAUUUCAUCUACUCAUUGCUAGAUGUCCAUGCCGAUGCCAAAAAUCCUUGUUGGCGCACAAGAGAAGACGUGGAAAUUUCCUUCGAUGCCAACAAAGAUAGCACUCAAGAAAAUAUGAUGAUGUACUGUGGGCUAUAUUCCACAAAUUGCAUUAUUUUACAAUUCUGUAAGGGUCUAUGGUUACGAUUCCAUGGGCUAUUUCAGAAUGCACUUAUUAAACUAGCAGUGCCUGGUUGCAAGAACAUCUAUGAGGAGAAGUUGAAGCAUUAUGAAGCUUCUGCCCUACUAAAAGAAAUGUGGAGUCUAGUUUCAGAAGUUGAUGACCUUACCUCUGUGGCGGUUGAUCUGGCUUCAACAAUGUCUAAAGCAACAGAGAAUGGGACUGUUGAAUUUAUUGAAGAAUGUAUCAACAAAUGUCCUCAGCUUCUGUUAUGGAGGGCUAUUGGAAAACGUGGAGCCCCAACAGUAUUUCAUUAUGCAAUCAUCCACCGUCAGGAAAAGGUUUUUGGGCUUAUCCAUCAUCUAAGCCCAUCAAUGAAGAAUGACCUUGCAAUUAUGAGGGAUGAAUCAGAAAACCUCAUGUCACAUCUAGCUGCAGAAAAGGCACCUAUUCACAGACUCAAUCAAAUUCCCGGUGCAGCUCUCCAAAUGCAACGUGAGAUACUAUGGUUUAAGGAAGUGGAAAGUCUAAUGUAUUCUAUCCAUGAAACAAAAGAAAAUAUAAAAUAUAAAACAUCAAGAACAUUAUUCUCAGAGGAGCAUAAAGACCUAGUGAAAGAAGGAGCAACAUGGCUGAAGGAUACUUCGACACAAUGUAUGGUGGUAGCAACACUAAUCACGACCAUUAUGUUUCAAGCAGUGUUUACCAUACCAAGUCAUAUAGGAGGAGGAGGAGGAGAAUCUAAUGAUUACAUACAAGGCAAGUUUCCGAUAAUUUUUGUCAUAUCAAAUAUAUUGUCACUUUGCUCUUCAGUCGCAUCAAUGUUGAUGUUUCUAGCCAUUAUUACUUCACGAUAUGCGGAAGAAGACUUCUUCUUGACUCUGCCUCGGAUGUUGAUGUUGGGCCUUUUAUUUCUCUUCAUCUCUAUCGUGGGGAUGAUGAUAGCCUUUGUGGCAGCUAUCUUAUUUAUGCUUCGCUUCAAUGUUCGUCUAUGGGUCUCCUUUCCCAUUACCUUUCUUGCAAGUGUCCCAAUCACUAUAUAUGCUUUGGUGGAACUUCCUUUAUUCAUACAACUGAUGUUUACCACAUCAUCGUCAGCUGUUUUUGGGAAGAGAAAAUUGAAUAAGCAUGCCUGAAUGGGUAGUAGUUGUAGUCGUACUUGAUGUUCUCUAUGCUGGUUACUGCCAUGUAUCUUUUCAUUCCGAAUGCCUCACAUUGAUUAGGUUUGAUGCAUCAGCCAUGGCCUCCUUCUAUCGAGAUUUCCACAAUUGUUGAGGAUAGAAAAAUCUUCCACGUACAGUUUGAUGUUUGUUAUAACCUUUUAGUUUAUUGGUUGAAAUUAAUUUGUAUCCAGCAUUAGUGUGGUAUUUUAAAAUGCUAAGAAUAUGAGUGAUUUAUGUGUUUACUGCUA